CUCUGCUUCUGUUUAGCCUUUCCCCUAUUGAUUUCCCGAAAGUUCCAAAAUCAGAAUAACAGAUUCUCUACCUUUUUGGUCUCCGUUAAUGGCGUACGCUACACUGUGAGAAAGUCAUUACCGUGUCUGGAAAUUUCAGUCUUCCGAUCCUCUUCCUCAUCCUCUUAUUCCCUUCAACACGUCGAAUUCCGGUUCUAAUCCGGCGAUCGGAGCGAAUUUCAUGUCCUAUUUGACAACAAGCAUAAUUAAUUAAAAUCACUGAAGUAGAAGCAGCAUUUAGAAGAAAAGAUUAAGGUUCUAUAUAUUGCAUUUGGAGGUUGAAGUAUUUUCUAUACUUCCCAGACAACUUUCGCAGAAUUCUGCCUGAUUUGAGUCAUUAGAAAUACUCCAACUUUUUGGUGUUAAUUUGUCAACUGGAAAUGGGUGCUUUUUGCUGCUGUCCAUGUGGUGAUGAAUUUGAAGAAUAUGCUCACCCAAGCAAUCCAAUAUAUAGGCAUUGCAUGUGCCCAAGAUUCUUCUUCUACCAGCUAUUCUCUGGGUACAGUGCAAUGUUUCACAGACUGGAAGGACGACCAAUACCAGUUCAAGUAGCUACUUCUCUGUCGGUAACACCAAUGGCCACAGCAUUACCCGAUAAUUCCCUGAAUGAGACUCAUCUUACAGUGUCCAGACCUGCUCCUUAUGAUGCUGAUCAGAGAUACACACGCUUGCAGCGUGAUGGUUUGGUCUCUAGGCGUGAUAAGUCACUGACUCAUUUUCAAGAAGAUCCUCAACCACUGAGAAGAAAUGUGAGCAAUUCUGGUAUAGAGUCACUGGGUCUGGGGAAGAAAUGGAUUGGAGUUAACACAGAAGAAGACUGUAAAGGUGGCCACCCUGACUCAUCAGAGAAGGCUUUGGCAACAAAAAUUGCAUAUGGACUUACAUAUGUGCAAACUUCUGAAGAUGAAGAUGUCUGCCCUACUUGUCUUGAUGAAUAUACUCCAGAAAAUCCCAAGAUCACAACACGCUGCUCACACCAUUUUCACCUUGGUUGUAUAUAUGAAUGGUUGGAAAGGAGUGAAAAUUGUCCUAUCUGUGGCAAGGAGAUGGAGUUCUGCGAAAGCCCUUAAGUUAGUGUUCAUCUGAUUUCAAGCCAAUCAGGAUGGUAUCUGUAAAUAAAGGUCUCUGAUGUUCUGCAGAGAGGCAUUCACAUACUGAAACAACUGUUCUUAUGUACCCAAUAGUUUGUACAACCUGGUAACUUUCCUUUGUACUUGAUGUUUAAAUUCUCAAGAUACCUUUUGUAUACAAACUAAUUAUUCUGGUUUUGGAAUCAUUUUAAUGACAUAUGCCGAACGAGAUCAGUAUUUCCUGCUUCAAGUUGAUGCAAAUUACCCGAGCUAACGGUACAAUUAGGAU